AUGUACCCACCCCCCCACACACACCUCCUCCGCACAGGGGGAGCCGCCCGGAGAGUUGGAGGGUCAGAGAGCCAGGGGCCUCCUGCCGUGGCUUCCCCUCACCUCCCAGGGACCCAGGACUCCCAGGCAGCCAGGAGCUGCCCUGUGGGACCUAUUGCUCGGUUCCAGAAGCCGACAGGGUGGUCAGCAGGCAGGCAGAGGGUGGGGAGGACGGAGCUGCCAGAGCGCUGUGUCCCCCCCAUCUGUCUCCACCCUGAGCACCUGCCACUGCAUGCUCGGGGCCCCUUCCUGGCUGUGAGGAGCCGAGGCGUCACCCCCACACCUGUCCCCAGCCCCUUGGCCCGCCCCCUCCCGCCCUAA